GUUCAUAUUGAGCCACAGAGACAACAUUAUUCUCAAAGAAGGUGAAAGUGAAGGCUCACAUCACAGAAAACGCCAGUCGUGCCGGUGAAUUGAUCCAGCGUCUUCGCGCGCUGCGCAGGGAGUUCUGACUCGUUCAUUCCCCUCACGAGCUUCAUUGAUACUUCACUAAAUGUACGGAGAUGGACCUACGCUGGAUUACUUCUGACGCUAUUUGGAAACUAUGAUGAAUAGGAGUUCAACAUCACCAACUGAAUGACCUGCCGAUUAUUUCACUCAGCAAUCUUCGGAUGCCUUUCUUCUUGCAACUUCAUCAAAGAGCUUACAGUCAGAAUUAGGGCUGUUACUUUAAACUCGCAUAUUAAGUAAUUAAAGUAAAUUAUGCGUUUUAUAGUUCGUGUGUUGUUAACCAGUCGGCGCGAAAAAUGAUUGCUGUAAAUAGCGAGUGUAUAACUAUGACGAGAAGAUGCCUGCUGACGUUCAAACCGUUCAGGAUAUUUGUGGCGGGGAUCGGUUUCUUCAGUCUGUGCUUCUUAAUGACCUCUCUGGGGGGGCAGUUCUCGGCCAAGCGACUGGGCGAUUCCCCAUUCAGCAUCCGAACUGAAGUGUUGGGAGGUCUGGAGUCUCGUGGGGUCCUGAGAAAGAUCAGCGAUAUGCUGGAGAUAAUCAUGAAGAGGAUCGACACCCUAUCAAAAAUGAGCAACAGCAGCGAGUCCCACAGACUGGAGGAGUUGAGCUCUGCUCUCCACAGAUUCCAGCCGGUGGGACUGGUGGAGCGAAUCCAGGCCAUCGCCCAGAAUGUGUCUGACAUGGCUAUACGAAUGGAGCAGAUUCUGAAGAAGACUAACAGCCCCGCCAGAGGCCGAGAUGGAGUUACAGGCCAGUGUGAAGUCCCGAAGGAUCCCAGGUACCCGGAUUGUGCUAGUAAAGUGGAUUGGAUGAGAGCCAGGUGGACAUCGGACCCUUGCUACUCCUUUUAUGGAGUAGACGGCUCCGACUGCUCUUUCCUCAUCUACCUUAGUGAAGCCGAGUGGUUCUGCCCCCCACUGGCCUGGAGGAAUCAAAGCAGCCACCCCACAACAAGCAGCCUGCCAAAAAGACAGGCAUAUUUCCGCUCAGAUCUGUCUCUACUGUUGGAACGGGUCGGCUCGGGCAAAGAAUCUUUGAGCUUCAUGAGGAGGCGUAUGCGCAGAUUGACUGCGCAGUGGGCUGCAGCUGCACGCAGACUUGACGAGCGACUGCGCGGUCAGUACAGAGAGCAGAAGAGGAUUCUGGUGCAUGUGGGCUUUCUGACAGAGGAAUCCGGUGAUGUGUUCAGUCCAAAAGUGUUGAAGGGUGGCCCGCUCGGAGAGAUGGUCCAAUGGGCAGACAUCCUGACCACUCUUCAUGUGCUGGGACAUAACCUCAAGAUAUCACUCUCAGUCAAAGAACUGCAGGGGUCGCUUGGCAUACCUCCAGGUAGAGGAAGCUGUCCUCUGACUGGCCCGUUGCCCUUUGACCUUAUCUAUACAGACUACCACGGCCUGCAGCAGAUGAAACAGCACAUGGGCCUUUCCUUUAGACAGCACAGGUGCCACAUCCGCGUGAUCGACACCUUCGGCACGGAGCCAGCGUACAAUAAUGAGGAGUACUCCACACUGCAUGGAUACAGGACCAACUGGGGCUACUGGAACCUCAACUGCAAACAAUACAUGACCAUGUUCCCACACACUCCUGAUAACUCAUUCAUGGGUUUUGUGACCGAGGAACUAAACCAGACUGAACGAUUCAAAAUAAAGAGGGACAAAGUCAACAACAUGGCUGUGGUUUACGGCAAAGAAGCCAGUAUGUGGAAGGGUGAGGAGAAGCUGUUGACCAUCUUACACCAUUACAUGGACAUCCACGGGACAGUUUACUAUGAGGCCCAGCGGCCCCCAGAGGUGCCCGCAUUUGUCAGGAACCACGGUUUACUGCCCCAACAGGAGCUACAGCAGCUUCUGAGGAAGGCUAAGCUCUUCUUGGGGUUUGGCUUUCCCUAUGAAGGUCCCGCCCCUUUAGAGGCAAUAGCCAAUGGCUGUGUGUUCCUGCAGCCAAAGUUCAGCCCCCCUCACAGCUCCCUCAACCAUGAGUUCUUCAGAGGGAAGCCCACGUCCAGAGAGGUGUCAUCUCAGCACCCAUACACUGAACAGUAUAUCGGCAAACCCCACGUCAUAACAGUAGACUUCAACAGCUCUCAAGAAUUCGAGACAGCUGUUCAAGAUAUUCUCAAAGAGAAGGUGGAGCCCUUUAUACCGUACGAGUACACUUGUGAGGGCAUGCUGGAGAGAGUGAAUGCUUACAUACAACAUCAGGAUUUUUGUCGCCACAGCAGUCCAUUCCCUACAGCCAAUGAAUCCAGAUCAUGGCCUGGGAAUCCACCCAGUCCUUUCCUCCAGCGGCCCAACUCCACAGCUUUGAUCUGGGCUCCGAACAUCACUGCUCCGGCCUGCUGGCCGCCCCUCAGCGCCCUCCGGCUCUUCCUGUCUACAGAGGCCUCGUCCUGUGUGAAAACCUGCCGGGAUUCCGGUCUAAUCUGCGAGCCAGCUUACUUUCCUUUCAUCAACAAUAUGGAGGCCUUCAAUGGGCUUAACGCUCAGUGUGAGUCCUUAGAAGCGGAGAAGAACCACGUGUUUCCAGCUGUACAUGUGGACAGGAGAGAGUGUUUCCAGCAAAAGGAGCCGCUGCUGUUCAGUUGCGCUGGAGUCAGCGCCAAACACCAGCGGCUUUGUCCGUGCAGAGACUACCUCCACGGCCAGGUGGCGCUAUGCAGGGACUGCCUUUGAGCUUUCACCAGAGACCUCCGGAGAUGUCUGUGGUAAACUGAGGCCAGUGCUGGACAGUCAAACAUGUCCCCAGAACGCCGGUAUCAACAGGUUCGUGGGAAUUGUUGGACUGAGGUCGUUGAGAAGUGUCCUCACUCUUGGUUACUUUGAUCCAAAGCUAAACUUUGCCUCCAGGUGAGCUAGUGAUGGUAAGUGGUGGUUGUAACUCUUGGUGGUGGUUUCAAGAGUGGACGACGUGAGCAGAAAAUAAAUGCAAAAUGCGGUUUUGAGUUUGGAGCUCCUUUGUGAUGCAGGUCAGACUCUAGAAGCUGUAGCUUUGGGAAUGCUGAAAGUGCCAGAACUGUACGUGAAUUUUAAAGUCAACAUGAAAGAUUAUAGAGUGCUGCAGGGACGAUGUAUUUUUUGUAGGCCAGAACCCAGAAACAAGAUGCAUCUCAGCAAUUCCAUCCUGAAGUCUAUGGGUUUUUUAAAAGGUUUUUUGGUUAAAUGCCUGAUAAAGGUCUGUUUAACACAAACUCAAGAUACCUUCAUGUUUUAUUCUACAACAUAAAAUACAUCAUACCCACUUGUAAUUUUCAAUCAAGUUGAUGCAACCUUCCAGGUUGGCCUACAAAAACACAUCAUCAUUGUAGCGCUCUAUACACAACCCAUUGUAAUGUGUUAUAUUUGGGAGAAUAGGAGAUAUUAGCAAAUGGCAUUAUGAUUUGGUCAAAUAAAAGUUUCACUGAAGCAUAGGGUGAGACAUGAUUCCAUCCAUCAGGAUCUGACUGGAUUGUGAGAAAUGGCUGUCACAUACCAGGAUAAAGUCACAUAAUUUUUUUUUUUUUCGCAAACCGGUUAAGCGUAAACCCUGCGCCACAGCCGAAUAAAUCUGUAAACUAAAUCACACAUUCAUCUCUAAAGAAAAGUUCAGACCUAAUGGAUUAAGUUCAGAGUUCAGAAAACUCAUGGAUCUGAUUGUGACAAACAGUGCUGCUAUAUAUCUAGAUGUUCUGCCAGCACUAUACUGAGGUUAUCGUUUAGGGUUUCGAUUAGGUUUAAUGAGUUGUGUAGGCUGUGAUUGACACAACCGGUAAAAUAGUUAGAAACUGCUACAAGGAUUUAGAAUCACACAAUUGUGUCAGAGCUAAGUUUGAAGUGGUUUGUAAAGAAAUAAGUUCCUUUUGAAGCACCUCUGAUAUGUACUUUUGAGGAGGCUUUUUGACCAGAAUUCACCUGCAUUACCAACAACAGUAUCCUGAAACAGCCUGACUACUAUCUAUUUGGCUACUGGUUAA